AUGAACAAAUCAAUCCAAUGUGACUGUUUAAGAAUGUUAAAAAACAUCUUCAAGAAAACUUCUGUCCAUCCAUUACAAUCUAAUACCAUCCAACCAUCCAAUACUAUUGAGUUUAAUAUGCCCGCAUUAAAACGAUAUGAGGUUGAUUUCAAUCGAGUUGUUAAGAUAUGUGAAGAUCAAUGA